GAGUGUCGCUCAGCUCAGAGAGGCUCAGGAGCUGAGAUGUGAUGCUGCUGCUGCUCACUGUAAAGUAACGCGAUUGCAUGAGGGACGCAUUUUUUGGAGAACAAAGUCAGGAGGAAAAAUACCCCAAAUAAGGGAGGAGGUGGUUGGACGCGCAUGUGACAAGGAAGGCUUUCCAUUUGUACCAUCAGUGCAUCGGUGCAGGGGAUUUCUCCAUCGGGAGCUGCGUUAUUAAACAUCACCUGGGCACCUUUUUUGAAACAUUGCACAUUGCCUCGUCUACCAGCGGAUCACCACAGCACCAUGCGAGCAGGAGAGACGCGCCCAGCUGUGCGAUGCUGAACGACCACCAGACGCUGCUGCUGGCUCUCACCGCGGUGGCAGGACUCCUCCAGAGAUGCCAAGGCUGGAGCGACGAAGACCUGCUGCUGCCGCCCAUCAACUCCUCCAACAGCUUCCUGGAGGUGGACGUGCGCUUCUCCAAUAGGUCCGUGGAGGAGAGCGAAGACGCCUUCUCCUCCUCCUCCUCCUCCUCUUCAUCCUCCAUGCAGACUGUGUCCCAGUGCAACGUGAGCGUCCAGCGGCUGCUGCCCACCUCGCUGGUGGCCCGCUGGGACAGCAGCUUCGGCUUCCAGUGUGACGUGCUCAUCUACACCACCAACAACCACGGAAGGGCUUUCUUCUCUGCGGCCUUCAACCGGGCCAUCUCGCCCGUCGUCGUGGAGCACCUCGGGGUCAACGGGGGUCAGCAGGAGCUGCGGCUGUGCGUCGGCUGUGGGAUGUCCCGGUACCGGAGGUUCAGUCAAGGUCAAGGUCAGGGCAGGUCAGGGACGAGGGGUCAGCAGAACGGGGAUCAGGUCGCUUUCUGCUGCGUGGAUUUCAGCCUCGACGAGCUGAAGGGGGACAAAAGUUGGAGGCUGAACAGGAAGCCCAUCGAGUCGACACUUGUGGCUUGUUUCAUGACUCUGGUGAUCAUCGUGUGGAGCGUUGCUGCGCUCAUAUGGCCGGUCCCCAUCAUUGCAGGGUUUCUGCCCAACGGGAUGGAGCAGAGGAGACCGAGAUAAAUUGAAAUAACCUUUUAUUCUAACUAUAGCCUGUGCUGCCUAUACUAUAACUGUAGCCAUUCAACUGUUCAGCUGAGUGAAUGAGUGAGGAGCUUUUUGGGGACAUUUUUGGAUGCUUUAGUUUUGUGGUUAGAGCUCCUCCUCAUUAUAGGACAACCAAGGUAAAGUAUGAUGGAUUAUUAAUACUAGCCAAUAGUAAUCUAUAUCGGGACCAACACCAAUGUGUUUUGUAUACCCUUGUAGGCCUUUCCUAUAGUCAGCGUAAACUGUGCACACUUUUUUCUCUUUAAAACUGUGUUUUUAAUCUUUCUAGAAAGUUUUUUGCCUUAUCCCAUGUGUAGGACUUUUGCACUGAAAACUGCUGUCACAUAUAUUUAACCUAUAGUCAAAAGUGAAUGUUAUAGUUUUUUUUUUCCCAAUAGAAAAAAUAGAUGUUGUUUCUGAUGGACAUAGAGAGGGGUUUCAAUAAUUAUAUUGUUAGAUUUAUAUAAUGUCAAGUUCAAUAUGCGUGCUUAUUUGUAUUCAUGUUUCGAUGAUAAUAAAAUUGAUUAUAGGCCAUA